GUGAAAGCCAGGCUGCUGACAAAAAUUUUGAUAGAAGCAACAAUUCUAUGCGAGCAAGCCGGCCUCUACGUGGAUUACAUUUGCUGUGAUGGUGCACCCUGGAACAGAUCCAUGUGGAAUAUCCUUGGAAUACGCGCCACCCUCUAUGGCAUUGAGUGCAGAGUUGUUCAUCCGUGCGACAAACACAGAUUUUUGUACUUCAUUUCCGACUUCCUUCACCUUAUGAAACGUGUGAGAAACACAUUGAUGAAGCACGGCUUCAACACCCACAAUGAACGGGCUCACUGGGAGCAUGUGUCGACCAUGUGGAAGCUUGACAACAGUGCCAUCACCUUGAAAGUGGCACCAAAGCUGACUCGAUCGCAUAUCUUCCCAAAUGGAUUUGAGAAAAUGCUAGCGGACUUGACAUUUCACGUUUUCAGUCCCCAAGUGACUCGAUGUUUGGAUUUCUACAAAGAUCAAAGCGAGGCUCAAUACGCAAAUGUUGGGCCAACAAGACUGGUUAUUGGUCUCAUUGCGGAAUUGAUCCAGGUUAUGACGUCCAGGUUCCCAGCAGAAGCUUUACGACUUCAUAGCUGAAAGGAAGCUGUGAUAGACCAGCCACUCAAGUUCCUUGAUUUGUGGGAAGCUCAUGCAGAAGGGCUUCGCUUUCUAAGCAAAAGUACCGCGGUGGGAUUGCGUGUGACCUUGCGAAGUACGAAGCACCUCCUGAAGUACCUGGCUGAGGAAGUUCGUUUCAAAUACCUGCUGACUGCUCGCCUAAGCCAGACUGCCUUGAGCGCUCUUUUGGAAUUGUGCGGCAAGCAGGCGGUGGCAAUGGUCACCCCACCCCUGCACAGUUUGUUGUCAUCAUGAGGUAUUUUAAUAUCAGUUUUCACACCUAAUGUUUUGUGUCGCAUAAACAUGUUACAUAUCUCACUACAUUUGACUGCAGUUGUGAGUAAAUUAUGCAUUGUUUAUUUAUAGAUGCUUCAGGUUCUGGCCUGGCAGAGUCCCAAGGGCGGCAACGUGGCCGACGGAGUGGUGCAGUCUCUUUUGUCUGUAGAAGAAAUGCUGCAUGAGACGGAAGAUCGCGAAGAAGACAACGAAAGACUUCCAUCUGAUGCACUAGAAGGGUCGAUAGAUCAUGCAUCGUACACUGCUGAGUGAAGUGACGCCCGCCUUGUAUAUUAUGUCGUAGGCUAUGUUGCGAGGAAGCGUAUACUUUGUAAUAAUUGUGAUGUGUGCAAGAACGCCUGCCUUGUUUCGAAAUAAAAUGUGCCAGGAAAUCUCCCAGCCCAGGCAAGCAAGCUGUGGUAUCUCGGCGGACUUUUGUAUCCGUCGAAUUCCCUCUAUACCCUCAUCCUGAACCUUGAGAACAAAAUCACUCGUUUCUUGAGCUCAGCACGUCUUCAUGCCAAAUCGGCCAUAGAGAUGCUGAAGGGGAUGGGCGAGACGCAACAAAUUGGCUGCUCAAAGCAUGGUGCUCUCUGACCAAGAGUGUGGUGCGAUUUUAUUGCCUCACUCGUGUCCACUUUUUUUUGAAAGGCAUGAACCAAAAAGAAGACGAAAAGAAAGGGCGGAGAGUUAAGCCAUGUGUGAUCUAGUGGCAGAGCAUGAA